AUGAUUUCUGACCGGAUCUCUUCUAGUUCGACCAGCCACUCUCCUCAGGUAUCUCAUUUCUGUAGCUGUUACUCGGCUACAGUGCUUGUCCAGUGGGACCCAGCUUUCGCUUCAAUAGAGAAGAGUAGGGGUCAGCCCGACCGAAGUGCAAUGGAAGAGCCUCACCCUGGGGGAACCGCCUUCAUGAUCACGGUAACCCCCACGCCAGAAAACUGCUUGUUAUCCUAUGAAGAAGUAAGCGCUGAUAAGGGAGAGAACUCGAUUCGCUCGCGACGCCUCUCGAGUUGGGCGACGAAACGCGGCGGACACGAGUUGGGCGGAGAGACGCGGCGGACACGAUUACCAGCGCCUCCAUCCAUCUCAUGGCUGGGAUUAAUUUCGGGUCAGCCCGACCGAAGUGCAAUGGAAGAGCCUCACCCUGGGGGAACCGCCUUCAUGAUCACGGUAACCCCCACGCCAGAAAACUGCUUGUUAUCCUAUGAAGAAGUAAGCGCUGAUAAGGGAGAGAACUCGAUUCGCUCGCGACGCCUCUCGAGUUGGGCGACGAAACGCGGCGGACACGAGUUGGGCGGAGAGACGCGGCGGACACGAUUACCAGCGCCUCCAUCCAUCUCAUGGCUGGGAUUAAUUUCGGGUCAGCCCGACCGAAGUGCAAUGGAAGAGCCUCACCCUGGGGGAACCGCCUUCAUGAUCACGGUAACCCCCACGCCAGAAAACUGCUUGUUAUCCUAUGAAGAAGUAAGCGCUGAUAAGGGAGAGAACUCGAUUCGCUCGCGACGCCUCUCGAGUUGGGCGACGAAACGCGGCGGACACGAGUUGGGCGGAGAGACGCGGCGGACACGAUUACCAGCGCCUCCAUCCAUCUCAUGGCUGGGAUUAAUUUCGGGUCAGCCCGACCGAAGUGCAAUGGAAGAGCCUCACCCUGGGGGAACCGCCUUCAUGAUCACGGUAACCCCCACGCCAGAAAACUGCUUGUUAUCCUAUGAAGAAGUAAGCGCUGAUAAGGGAGAGAACUCGAUUCGCUCGCGACGCCUCUCGAGUUGGGCGACGAAACGCGGCGGACACGAGUUGGGCGGAGAGACGCGGCGGACACGAUUACCAGCGCCUCCAUCCAUCUCAUGGCUGGGAUUAAUUUCGGGUCAGCCCGACCGAAGUGCAAUGGAAGAGCCUCACCCUGGGGGAACCGCCUUCAUGAUCACGGUAACCCCCACGCCAGAAAACUGCUUGUUAUCCUAUGAAGAAGUAAGCGCUGAUAAGGGAGAGAACUCGAUUCGCUCGCGACGCCUCUCGAGUUGGGCGACGAAACGCGGCGGACACGAGUUGGGCGGAGAGACGCGGCGGACACGAUUACCAGCGCCUCCAUCCAUCUCAUGGCUGGGAUUAAUUUCGGGUCAGCCCGACCGAAGUGCAAUGGAAGAGCCUCACCCUGGGGGAACCGCCUUCAUGAUCACGGUAACCCCCACGCCAGAAAACUGCUUGUUAUCCUAUGAAGAAGUAAGCGCUGAUAAGGGAGAGAACUCGAUUCGCUCGCGACGCCUCUCGAGUUGGGCGACGAAACGCGGCGGACACGAGUUGGGCGGAGAGACGCGGCGGACACGAUUACCAGCGCCUCCAUCCAUCUCAUGGCUGGGAUUAAUUUCGGGUCAGCCCGACCGAAGUGCAAUGGAAGAGCCUCACCCUGGGGGAACCGCCUUCAUGAUCACGGUAACCCCCACGCCAGGUAAGUAUGCUCAAUUCCGGGAUCAUGGACUACUUGUCAAUUCAGCGCCGACAGGCACUAUGGGAACCGAUCAACAGUUGUGA